UCAGACUGGGAAUAAUUUCUUCCGGUUAAAGAAGAAACGUGAGAUUUCCCACAUAGCUUUGUUUUGAUUGUUGGAGUCUGGAAUUCGUCAGAAUUGUCUGUCUUCCAGCAGCUCAGACAGAGCGAGGAUUUUUAUGCUAGCUCAGCUGGAUAAGUGACCCGUUUUUUUUUUAUACGGAUUAACAGGCAAACAUCCUCCUGUCUACAUUCAUCAUUUUCUUAUCUAUACAGCUAAAGAGAUUUGUCAAAGUAACAGCAAUUGAGAUAACCUAGGUGAGCUAUUUCGACUCUGUGAACUAAAGCCGUUCUUACACUUCCGGGCAGAUAAGAGAUAAGGGCUGUCUAGCGUGUGACGUUAGUUUGUUGGAAAGAUUAACUCCUUUGUAACUGGUUAAAGAAAUAAGCUGCUCUUUGUUUGGGACAUUGAAAAUUGAAGGAGUUUUGUUCCUUUGGCUUUAAGAAUGACAAUUAAGAAGAUCAUGGAUGUACAAGAAGGGACUUUAUCUCUAGACAUGUUUCAGAAAAUAAUGAAUGGGAUUAACUCAAUAAAACAAGAACUGAGAAAUAAUAGACAAGAGUGGAGAAUUGAAUUUCACGAAAUGAGACAGGAGCUGAAAGAAACUCAGGAUUCUAUGAGAAAGGAGAAUAAAGAUAGAUCUGGAAAACAAAAAAAGGAUGAAAGAGAAAUUAAAGGCAAGGUUCAAACUAUGGAGAUUGGCUUAAUUAUGGACAUGAAAAAAGAUUUGGAUUUCCUGGCUGUGAUGGAUCCUGGAGACAAAUAUUACAGUUUGGAAUUCAGCGCUGUCCCUGAAGGAAUUGAAGAGAUUGGAGAUAAAGAUAUUAUCGGUUCAAAAAAAUUCUUGGACUGGAAGGAUUUGAUGGAACUUGAAAUGGAGAAAGUUAACAGAAUUAAUCCCUGUUUUGUGUCAAUGGAAAAACCUUCAAGAGAUGUACUAGUGUAUUAUGUGGAAAAGAGGAACAGAGAUGCGGCUUUGCAACAAUACUUCAGUGAUACGUUUGGAUUUGAUGGCAAGAAAAUAUCUGUGAUGGAGGAAAUUCCUAUCAGACUUUUAUUAUAUGACUAUGACAGCAAGAUUUUUGGGUGCGUAAAGAUGGAAGAUGGAAGAUGGACCCAAUAUGGAUAAUGACAGAAGAGCGAUUUAAAAUUACUGGACUUAG